UUCAUGUAUAGACAGGAAAUGGGAGGAAGGAAGGAAGGAAGCUGGAGCCCAAGUGAUCCUCAUCCCUAGCCCCCCCACCUCCCCCCAAUCUAAAUUCUGCCGCAGCUCCUGCGCAUCAGCCGAGUGUAUUCAGCAUCGUCCCAGCUCCUGGGCAGAAGCUUAGUUUUUGCGAAGGUAGGGGCAAAGAUGGCCUCUACAGCAGGCGGCACCAUGCAAGCGUUGAGAGGGGUAUCGUCAGCAUUUUACCGGUUUCCCUCGUCUAGAGUGGUGAAAGCCAUUGCUUCCCUGGAUGUGGCGACUAUACCCUCGAUCUCGGGCACUUUUGGUACCGCCACGAGCUGGAAGAAGGUGGAGAAUGCGAAUUGGAGGCGUCAAGGUUUGCGUUGUAUGGCUUCUGCUGCGUCCACGGCUGCCAACAAUUUGGUAGUCUCCGAAAACUAUGUGGCUGUUUCCUCACCUUCAACGGGCAGCACUGAAACUGAUAAUAGUUCGAAACAAACAUGGAAGGCCAGCAUUGAUUUCAAGUUCAUUCGGGAUAACAAGGAGGCUAUAGCGAAGAACAUUCAAAACCGUAAAUGUGGUGGAGAUGUAGAGCAGGUGGUGCAGUUGUAUGAACAGACUGUCAGUCUCAACCAGGAAGUUGACAAAUUGCGGGCUGAGAGAAAUGCUGUAGCCAAUGCUAUGAAAACCAAGUUAGAUGCGUCCCGCCGGGAGGAACUGAUUGAGAAAGGCAAGCAGCUUAAGGAUCAAGUUUCGGAGCUUGAGAUAGAACUAUCACUGCUCCAAGAGAAGCUCCAAUUGGAAGGACAGCGCAUUCCGAAUAUGACACACCCCGACGUACCGGUUGGUUCAGAGGAUGUUGCAACCCUACGAAAGGAGGUUGGAAGCCAGAGGAAGUUUACAUUCCCUGUCAAAGAUCAUGUUGAAGUGGGACUUGCUCUUGACCUAUUUGACUUUGAAGCGGCAGCUGAGGUGAGUGGUACCAAGUUCUAUUAUCUGAAGAACGAAGCAUUCCUGCUGGAGAUGGCCUUAAUCAACUGGACUAUGUCUAAACUGCUACCGAAGGGCUUUAUACCGAUGAGCACUCCAGACUUGGUUCGCUCCACUGUAGUUGAAAAGUGUGGCUUCCAACCUCGAGGUCAAAAUACGCAGGUGUAUUCUGUAGAAGGAACGGACUUAUGCUUGGCAGGAACUGCCGAGAUUCCAGUGGGCGGCAUGUAUAUGGAUAGUAUGCUCCCUGAAUCUGCAUUACCCUUGAAGAUCGUAGCUUACUCUCACUGCUUCCGCACGGAAGCUGGGGCUGCUGGUGCCGCAACCAGGGGUUUGUAUCGGGUUCAUCAGUUCAGCAAAGUGGAGAUGUUUGUAAUUUGUCGACCUGAGGAGAGUGAUUCGCUUCACGAGGAGCUCAUUUCCAUUGAGGAGGAACUCUAUGCUUCUCUUGGUUUGCACUUCAAGACAUUAGACAUGUCAACAGAAGACCUUGGUGCUCCUGCUCAUCGUAAAUAUGACGUGGAGGCUUGGAUGCCAGGACUUGGUCGAUAUGGAGAGAUCUCGAGUGCCUCGAAUUGCACAGACUACCAAAGUCGAAGGCUUAAUAUUCGAUAUCGACCUGCUGUUGUUGUAGCAACAACAGCCCCUUCAGUACCUCUACAACCUCCCGCGAAGGCCAAGAAGGUCAAAAACACUCUACCACCUCCACGGUUUGCGCACACUUUAAAUGCAACGGCAUGUGCUGUACCUAGAAUGAUGAUCGCCAUUCUCGAAAAUAACCAGCAAGAGGAUGGUUCUGUCAUUAUCCCCGAGGCCUUGAGACCUUUCAUGGGUGGCAUUGAUGUGAUCCGCCCUAAGUCUAGCCAACCCUGACUUUUCGUGCAAGUUUCUCUUUUUCACUGAACGCUUCGAACCCCGUGCUGGUUCUUUCAGAAUCGGUCUCAAAUUUUUUCUCUCCAAUAUGAAGUUUACAUUCAAAUUCAUGGUUCUUAUUUUUCUUGAAGUUUAAAUUUUUUCCAUCUUUAGACAUAUUGUAAUCUAAAAUUAUUAAUAAAUAUGCUGAAAACAUUGAUUGUUUAAAUUAA